UGCCUGCCUAUUAAAUUAUCUCAUUGAGAAGUAAUAUCUUUGACUGGCCCCUGGGAAACAUUUAACAUUUAUUUUAUUUGUAUUACUGAUGGUUCUAUCAACAUUUUUAACAAUGGAAUUCCCUGCUAAGGGAGAUUCUUCGUGUUGCAAAAGAGCAUGAGAUUUGUUUGUAAAAACAAGUUUGGGACAGAAGGAGCAGCCUUAACUUUAGAUCCCUUUCUUACAGUUAUCCACCCCUGUGUUUCACAUGGGGGAGAAAGAGAGAGCAGCCCUGUGUGCAAACACCUCACCAGCAACCGAGGGGCUUCACUUUCUGAUUACUGGCAUUAUAUGAAACAUGGGUAUCCUGGGGUUUCUGAAGUCGCAGUUCCUCUGCCACCUGAUUAUCUGCUGCGUGUUCAUAGUGAGUGGGCUGAUAGUGAACCUGCUCCAGUUAUGCACCCUUGUCCUGUGGCCAAUCAACAAACAAUUCUACAGGAAGGUCAACUGCAAGCUGGCCUAUUGCAUUUCUAGCCAAUUAGUGAUGCUGUUAGAAUGGUGGUCUGGCACCGAAUGUACCAUCUACACAGACCAAGAAAACUACAAACAGUUUGGAAAGGAGAGUGCCAUUGUCAUCCUUAAUCAUAACUUUGAGAUCGACUUUCUCUGCGGAUGGACCUUCUGUGAACGAUUUGGGGUCUUAGGGAGUGCAAAGGUUCUGGCUAAAAAGGAGCUUGCUUACGUGCCUUUGAUUGGUUGGAUGUGGUAUUUUCUGGAGAUUGUCUUCUGCACACGGAAGUGGGAACAAGAUCGUAUAACAGUUGUCCAGAGUUUACGCAACCUUAGGGACUAUCCCGAAAAGUUUUGGUUACUGCUUCACUGUGAAGGGACACGUUUCACAGAGAAGAAGCAUGAGAUCAGUAUGCAGGUGGCAGAAGCCAAAGGACUGCCCAAACUGAAGCACCACCUCCUGCCUCGGACGAAAGGGUUCAGUAUCACAGUGCAGUCCUUAAGAAACGUAGUUACUGCUGUGUACGAUUCUACACUUAAUUUCAGAAACCAUGAAAACCCUACACUGCUGGGUGUUCUAAAUGGGAAAAAAUACCAUGCAGAUUUAUACGUAAGGCGAAUUCCUCUGGAAAACAUUCCUGAAGAGGAAGCUGAAUGUGCUGCCUGGCUUCACAGGCUCUACCAGGAGAAGGAUGCCUUUCAAGAGGAGUACUACAAGACCGGGAAGUUUCCAGGCACUGCUAUAGUCCCGCCUCGAAGGCCAUGGUCUCUGGUGAACUGUCUGUUCUGGACGAGUCUCCUGCUGUAUCCUUGCUUCACCUUUCUGGUCAGCAUGAUCAGCGAGGGAUCUUCAGUCACACUGAUCAGCUUUACAUUGCUCCUUGUUGCAGCUAACUGUUGCUAUGAGCUGGACUUCUGUUGGUGUUCGAUGGAUGAUUGGCGUGACAGAGAUAGACAGAGGGUCCAACUACGGAAACAACAGUGCGAAAAGAAAACAGGAGUAAAGACUGCAGGAGCUGACACAGUCCAAAGAGAAAACUGAUCAUUUCUCUAAUGCAAACAAAGGGUCAGAGGAUGAGCUACAAUCUUGAUUACUGGUAUCUGUUUGGAAAGAGUUACCUUUGCAUGGAUGAAAGAAAAUACAAAUGCAAUUGAAAAAAUUAAGAAUCUGCGCCUUCUGCAAAUUUCUUUUUUGAAGAUCUGGCUGAGUCACUAGAAAUGUGCCAAAGAUGUAUGUUGAUAGUUAAUUUUCAAGUGAAGAAACAUGGAUGUUUGUUAUUUUUUAUAUAUAAUUUAAGAGAGAUCAGAUUAAUUUGAAUUAUUAUACCAAAUACAGAACUGUGCUCAGUGGAGUUCUGGAACCAGUAAACAGCCGUUAUUCUGGAGUGCUUAUCUCGUAACUGGGUAUAAUGUAAUUACCAUUACGUUUUUAAGAAAUUUUAAACCACACUUAUCUUAAACCACUCAAAUAUCACAAGGCUGUUUUUUAGGCUAUUUUCGUAUUCGUUCAUAGCAGAACUUAUAAAUUAUUGUAUCAAAAAGAUAUCAUGCAACAGCAGCCAAUGCAUAAAUGACGUCUGAAAUAAAUGUACAGCUGAGUGUUUCUCUCCCUUCUCUAACAGGUAAUAUAAUGAGGUACAAAAUAAAACGCAAGAAUUACAAGCCUACACAAUUACACAUUGUCUAAUUAAAUACAGUAGGAGAUUCCACUGUAUGUCGACAAAAAGCAUUUUUAACAAUAAUGGCUUAAAUAGCACUGAUUUCACAGGCUCAUACUCUACACUACACUAGCUUCAUCAUCUGACAAGUUUAUUCAAUUUGGUGAUAAGGGUCCAGUCAGUAUACAGUACUGGGACACAUAUAUUUCUGUUUUUGUUCUUCAAUUUGGAAGUUAUUACUAUUAGAACUGUUUGGUUGUUAUGAUAUCACAUUGCUGGCUAUAUAGCCCCAUGUGGGUCACCUAGCAUUGCCAAUGUAAGUGCUGACAUCACAAUGAAAAAGCAGUGGGUGCGUUAAGUAAUUGAGCAGCUCAGAGCACUAGAGCAGAUUUCAUCAGUGAUCUGCAUGAGCAGAGAAAUUGUCGCUCAGUUCAUUAACAAACCCAGUAAUAAUAGAUCAUUUAAAAUAACUGGCCAUUGAUUUGUGCCAAACAUGCGAUGUAGGCACUCUAUUUACAGGCAUCCAGUACUGGAUAAUAUAAGUACCUACAGUACCAAGUGCUGGAGUAUUCUUGUUCCAAUGUACAGUGGUUGUGUAUUUUUUGUUUGCAUUACAUUUGUUAGAUUUUUUCUUUUGUUUCUGUACAUAUUUUGUAUUCCUGUAUAUCGAUGAGCAUUGCUUAAUCCCUUUCAUACUAAAAUGGACUGAUUGUGCUUUAUGUUAUACAUUUAAACCUAUGAAUUACAGUCCAGUGAGCUAAGCCACCAGUUUUUCUUUUUUUCCCAUUUUCCUAUCAUUUAACAGUUAGCCAAUUACUUGCCCUAUUUAAUUAGAAGUAGGUUAGCAAAGUAAUUAUAAUUCUCAAAAAAGUCUUGGAAGCAUGUAUUUUAAUAGCUGAAACCUAUGGUCUGGGCACAACUGUGCUACACGACUCAAACAUCAACACACAGUACCUCACAUGCAGAACAUCUUUGGGAACUGAUGAACAUGCUGCAGUGCAUCAAUUACCUUUAAUUAAAUGGCAUUUCUUUUUGGUCUUACAGCCUCAUUGGGCCAGAUUUCAGGUUAAGCUACUGGUGCUUUAUAACAGCUGUUGCCUCUUGAUCGUUUCAUGUGUAAUAAUAGUUCAACAAGGGCUUUCAAUUUCAAGAAACUGGCUGACUAAUAUAGAAGGUGGUACUGAAAUGAGAAACCUGCUACAUGCGCUAAUCACCCAUGGGGGUUUCUUGGCAUUGUGUUUUGUAGUCAUGCAGUCGUCGUUAGACUGCUCUUGGAAUAAUUGACCUUUAAAAAUAGUGUCUGCAGUGCUGUAUAACUCUUUGGCUGUUAUUAACUGUGCUGAUGCAAGUCUCUGCCAUAGGUUAACUUCUGAUACAUUUAUCCACAUAUCAUAUACUUAAUGUGUAGACAAAGAUUUUAGUCUUAAUGCUCUUCAAUGAUAAAUGCUACUUUUAUGUCCGUAAAUGUAUUUGGCCUUUUCAUUUUGCUAAAGGCUAGUGCACCAGAGCAAAUGUAUAAACUUAUUUGCUCCUUGGAUGCCAAACAAAACCAGUGCUGCUCUACAUUUAUUACCUAUAUUAUUGUUUAAAAAAAAACACAACAAAAAAAACAGGAUUUUUCCCAAAACAUUUUUUCUGUGUAAGCAAAGCAGGUUAUUUGUUUCAGGUGGAAUGCUGUUGGCCUCAUGUUGUUGCUGUUGAAGUUGUUCACUCCUGCAGCCCCAUCCACCUCAGUGACCCAAGGAAGAUUGGUUAUUAGAGGCCUGGGUGAAAAGCUACUGGUCCCUGUCCAGUUCCUCCAAGGCAGUUGUCCAAAUCACAAAACCACCACUACACUCAAGUGAUAAUUAUCCCUUUUUUUAUGGCAGUCUCUCAGAAACAGCAAGAACUAGAUGUGCAAAAACUAUUGUGUGUACACCCAGAACACUACAAACCUUUUUUCAAACUAAAGUUGUUGGUAAGUAAAAGCACAAAUAAACUUCAGUCCUUCUACAAGUUAAUAAAAAUACUCAACAAUAAAGCAACAUCUAGGAGACAUUGUUUUACAAUAAACUUGAAUUGUAGUGUUUUGAGUUAUGAGUUUAAGAACCACGUCUCGCCAGUGACAGGUUACUGAUUCCAUUCUGUUGUUUCCAUCUUUCGUGUCUGCAGCUGAAUCCUGUGUUGAAUGAAAGAAAGUAAUAUCAGCCAGCAGCAGGGCUGGCAUGAUGUUAAUUCUUCUGCAGACUGUAGUUUAGAAACUCUUGGAAGUAUCGUCUUACAAUUCCCAUCAAUUUUUAAAAGGGCCAGCUAGGAAGUAAAAGGCCAGUUUUAAUCCAAAUACUUUGAACAUUAUCAUGUCAGGCAGUAUAAUGGGCCCAUGCAUUGUGAUCUAAACUGUCCUCUAAAUAAUACUUAAAUGAAUAAAUGGAUGGGAAAUAUCAGAAACAGUAUUAAACCUUCAAUGUUAACCUGGUUUCCUGCCUUUUUUGUGUAAAUAAAUACUUACAAAUCUGAA